CUGAAAGAAACGCUCGAUAUCAAGAAUGUGCUAUAGUUAGAAUAACGACGCGACUCAACAAGUUGCACAGCAACACAACAGCGACAGAGGACGCGAGCUAUUUCGAAAUCUUGUCGAAAACGACUUGCAAAAUGAUGAUGGGCCGCUCUAGUGACGUGGCAGCUACGGCUGGACCUGCAGCUGCUGGUGAGAUCAGCUCAAAUAAAUUAGUAAACCCUGACCCACAGCACCGCUCGUCGAGAACACGUCCUCGGACAGCGCCCUCCUCCAGGCAAGUAUGCAGAAAUGCGCAGACGACCGCGUCUGAAGCUAAGCCCAAGAAAAGCAACUUGCAGCGGCUUCUCGAGGAGCAGCAAAUACAGCAGCAUCCUCGCCCCAGUUCCGCCUCAUCUUCUGCUAGCGCGGCAGUUUCCGUAGUAAAGCCGUCUUUCGACGCACCAGACGCAGAAAUUAGCUGUAGUGCGAGUUCUUUCUCAUCUUCGACGACCCGUAGCUGCAAUAGGGGUUUCAUUCCGCUUCCAAAGAGAAAUAAUAAAGGUCACCUUGCCAUCGCGAACAGUGCGAGUGGUGCUGCUGGUGCUGGGCAACAACCAACCAGGACGAGUUCCUCAUCCACCUCCAUGAGCACUGUCUCCUCUGUGGUCCCUACCUUAGCACCGCCUUGUUGCACCCCUCCAGCACGACCGCUGCUCGCCACGGAAAAUCACCAGCAGCAAGGCCAUCACUCACUCGUUAAGACGGAGCUGACGGUGCAGCAGCACGACGAGGACAUUGCGCACCUGAAUCACGCGCUCGACCAGCAGCUCUCGGACGCAAGGAUGUGCCUCCGGCUCGAUGCGGAGCGGGCGAAAACGGAGAGUUUGUCCGCAGAGAUGCGGAUUUCUUACGACGUCGCGGUGGAGAAAGUGAAACAGACCUACGAGGGCAAGUCGCAGAAGCAAAAACUUGCUUUUGACAAGAAAGUCGCCGGGCUCGAGGUCGAGUUGCAGGCCGUGAAAGACAAGGAAAAGCUGCAGUCCACGACGACAAUACCAUUGUUGGAAGCAGAAAUCGACCGACUCCGGCACCAAUUUGAGGAAGAGAAAAAAGCGCAUAGUCACACUGAGGAAAGGCUGCAGCAGCAGCUUUGUCACGAGCGAAGCAAGCACCAAGAGGAGAAGGCUCGACUGGAAAACGAGAAAAAACGACUGCAAGACACGAAUGUGGAAACCUACAAGCAGGAUCAGAAGAUCAUGCGGCGCUGCUUCGAGCAGGAAUACGACAAGAAGGUGCAACUCAUGGAGGGAGUGCUCGUCGAGAAAUUUCAUCGCCUAAUCUACGACAAGGAGAGGCAGGAAGAAGUCUACCUGCAAGAGCGCAAGCAGCUGCAAUGCGAGAAGGACGGGCUGGAAACCGAAAAAGCAAAACUUUUGGCGGUUGUCGAAAAGCUGAAGGCACGAUCUGCCUUUCUUGGAGAAGACAGAAAAAGUGGUGGAACAGAGAAGGGCGACGUCACCCGACAGCUUCGGGAAGACAAUCCUCCCCAGGAGAGAAGGCCUUGUCUCAAGACCACGGCCGAUCGGGAACAUAUGGAGACGACGGGCGGUUCUUGCGCGCAGGAUUGGCGGCUCGCUGGUGGUGGUGGAGAAGCUGCAGCAAAUUUCACACAGCAGGGAGAAGAAGAAGACUUUCGCCGGUCUGCUGAGAUGCAGCUGGUCGCAUCCAGCUCGCAGGACAAUCAGAAUCCAAGAGAAGUGCGCGUCAUUAGCGAAUACUCCGUUGCGGCACCCCUCGAAGAUUUUUCUGACGAAAACCGCGACGACGUUACAAUGGGCACAACUACCGUCGAAGUAGCUGGGAACGACCUGUUGCUGUCGAGACAUAACGAAAACCAGCAAGCGCAGGCGGAGAUCUUGAAAAGUCGCGAAGGCCUGAUUCGAAAACAAGACCACAUGACGCCGACAGACCAUCAGCACGAGCGCGAAAGCGUCGAACUUUUGCGCAAGCGGAAGUAUGUCGUUUUUGAAGUUGCACCAAGCUCGUCUGUUGAUCGUGAAGAUGAAGGUGAAAACUCCCACGAAAAAGAAGGAGGGAAAGGGCUGGAACAAAGAGAGCGUCCAGAACAAGCUUUUUCUACGUUGGAGCAAGAGGAGGCCGAUUUGGAAGCACUGUGCACGGCUGCAAAAAUUCAAUGCGUAACCGAAGAGGAGCUGGCGAUGCGAGAGAAAGUGCGCUCUGUCAUCGAUCAGAAGAAUCAAGUGAUUCUUUGCCUCAAAGUUGAACUAGAACAAAAGAAUAAAGAUCUGCAGCGUGUGCUGGCACAAGUUUGA